GUGACCGUCACGGGCGGACACCGGCCAACGCCGGGUUGGGGUGAGGCCGCCGCCGCGGUCCCUCCAUCACCCUCCUGGCCCGGCAGAGGAACCCACUGCUCCGGGCGGCCGGGGACAGAGGUGGCUCAGCAGCGCCGCCUCGAAGCCAGAGCCCUCCGCAGGCUAGAAGAUUGCGGUUUCUCUUCAUCUCCGCGGCUCUUAUUCCUCCCCGGCAAGGCCGCCCACCGGGGGACGCUCUCCCGCGCCUGCGCCAAUUCCGCCCUGCCCCGCCCCCAUCUACCGACCGGAUGUUAGCAGAUUUCCCAUAGUGCCUCGCUAGUGGCGGGCAUGAUAACACACGCCGGAGGGUCGCACGCGGGUUCCAGUUGUGAUUGCUGGAGUUGUGUAUUGCCAGGAGGCUCUCUGAGAUUGGGGUCGGGUCACUGCCUCAUCCGCCGGAGCGAUGGCGUUUCUCCGAAGCAUGUGGGGCGUGCUGAGUGCCCUGGGAAGGUCUGGAGCAGAGCUGUGCACCGGCUGUGGAAGUCGACUGCGCUCUCCCUUCAGUUUUGUGUAUUUACCGAGGUGGUUUUCAUCUGUCUUGGCAAGUUGUCCAAAGAAACCUGUAAGUUCUUACCUUCGAUUUUCUAAAGAACAACUACCCAUAUUUAAAGCUCAGAACCCAGAUGCAAAAACUACAGAACUAAUUAGAAGAAUUGCCCAGCGUUGGAGGGAACUUCCUGAUUCAAAGAAAAAAAUAUAUCAAGAUGCUUAUAGGGCGGAGUGGCAGGUAUAUAAAGAAGAGAUAAGCAGAUUUAAAGAACAGCUAACUCCAAGUCAGAUUAUGUCUUUGGAAAAAGAAAUCAUGGACAAACAUUUAAAAAGGAAAGCUAUGACAAAAAAAAAAGAAAAGCUGAAGACUGUAAAGGAAAACUGGAAAAAUCUGUCUGACUCUGAAAAGGAAUUAUAUAUUCAGCAUGCUAAAGAGGACGAAACUCGUUAUCAUAAUGAAAUGAAGUCUUGGGAAGAACAAAUGAUUGAAGUUGGACGAAAGGAUCUUCUACGUCGCACAAUAAAGAAACAACGAAAAUAUGGUGCUGAGGAGUGUUAAAAGUAGAAGAUUGAGAUGUGUUCACAAUGGAUAGGCACAGGAAACCAGUUAGGUCUCAAUACCUGAAGCUAUCGUAAAAUUAAGAAAGGAUAAAGUUGGUAAACCUUUUAUAUUUAGUAUCUUUUUAUUCAGCUCAUGGACUUCUGCCAGCGUAAUACUUGCUUUGGAAAACCCAGAUAAAGGUUCAUGCAAAAUUUAUUUUGUGUUUAGGAACUACUGAGGAUCAGAGUAAUCCAAGCAAAUGUGAAUCAUUUUACCUUUGACAAAGGUAAAUCAGACUAUGAAGUUUUUUUUAUACAGGAUGAUGACUAUGGAAAGAGUACUCUUGUUUCCUUAUAUUAUGGAGGCAGGAGUUUCGUUUUCAAAAUUGUUACAAAUUGUAGAAGCCACGGUGUUCUGUGAUAUAAGUGUGUGUUUUUCAUAAAGCAGGCAGAACUCAUCUAGGUAAAUUACAGUUCCUAGGUAUAAUUCACAUUGUAUUCAGAGUUGAUGGUUGUACAUAUAAGUGAUUGCUGGUUUUAGUUGCAACUUUGUAUAAAAGGGACUGAGAAAUUUAUAAACUUUUUUCUUACUGUCUUUUUUCUAAAGUAAAAACUAAGAAAUUAUGUGCCAGAUUUAUGCAUAUUAUUUUAUGUUGCAUAGAAUAAAAUUUUUAAUCUUUAAUUUUACAUUUCCUAAAUAUAUUUUAAGACGAAACAUUUGUUUUAUAGCUUUUCCCUUUUUUUAAGUAAGGAAUUUUUUUUUUUCUGAAUUAUUUUCUCUCAUGUGAGUAUAUUGAUCCAGAAAGAAAACUUGUAUUAUGUGUGUUUUAAAAUGAGAAAUCUAAAAAACGAAAAGUCUCCAAAGUCUCUGGAAUUUGAAACACUUUGCAUAACGUAUAAAAGCCUGUUUAAGAGACAGCCAACUAUGGCCUGUGGAUCAAAUCCAGCCUGCUGCCUGCUUUUUAUGGCCUGUGAGCUAGGAAUUGUGUUUAUAAUUUUAAAUGUUUUUUUUUUAAAGACUUUUAUGAUACUUGAAAAUUAACAUGAAUAUUUAGUGUUCAUAAAUAAAGUUUGUUGAAACACAA